UUCAAACAUGAUAAAUCCGUGAGAUAGGGCUUUUCCGAAAAUAGGAGCCGGCUAUAUAAGCAGGCUAGUUUUUAUGAAAUGUAUCAAAUCUAAUUCAAACAGAAUGGAAACCUCUAAUCUGUUUUUAACUACAAUCGGUAUUCUACUUCUGGGCAUACAUUUGGCAAGGGCAGCACGAAAAUGGGACUACGAACCUAUAUCGCUGACCGCGACCACUUCGGAUGAAGAUAAGUUAAAGAUUAACCUGAAAAUCGAUCGUUUGGGGCGUGCAGAUUGGGGAAUGUCCGGCACCUUAGAGUGGAAAUACGACAUGAAUGAUGAAUCUAUGGUUGAGGCCUUUGCGUAUCGCAGCAAUUCGGGCGAUGAGAGUGACUACAAGCUGUUACCUUGGGCGAUUCCCAAGCAGAAAUUCUAUGACUACCUCGAUACCUACUACAAGGAUGUGAUCAUCAAAAACCUGGGCCACUGCUCCAACCUUCCGAAGUUCGAGCCAAAAUUUCAGCCCCCUUGGCCGCAGAAUACCUAUAAGUUCGACAAGUGUAAGAUCGACGGUGACGGACUGCCGGAUGUCGCACCUCCCGGAUUUUACAAGAUUGUAUUUAGACAAUUUGGUCCUGGCCAGCCCACAUUUGGUUUUACGGCGAUUUUUAAGUUGACAGCCAAAGUAUUUUAGGGGGCCCAUAUUCAAAAUCGAGAAGAUCCAAUAAUUUUUUGUAUUCGUUAAUAAAAUCAAUGUUCAACAAAAUUUCUUAAUAUUUGGCUUGAAA